GAUUAAGUAGGCGAUCUAAAUCUUGUUUACUUUGGUUGGCUUAAGCUCAUAUUAGACUCAUAGUUUCUCUAGAAUGAGAACUAAGUUUGAUGCAUCAAGAAUUCAAGUUUCUUUGUCAAAAAGAUGUACUAAUGUGUGAUGAGUAAAGGGUAAACCAAUCAAACAAUGUGAGAUUUUCGUUAAACCGAUUGGUGAUAGAAGCAGUGAGUAGUUAUUUAAAUUGAUUUUAUUACUUCACAUUUUCGAUAUAAGUGGAUAUCUCAACAUACUUAUAGCUGCAAACCCUCAAAAAUGCCAAACUACCUUGAAUCUCUAUUAGCCCUAAUACUUAUAGCCGCAUUAGCAAUGCUCUCAAGGAGGCUUCCCAAACGUCCCUCGCAACGAAAGCUUCCACCGGGGCCGAAGCCAUGGCCGAUAAUAGGUAACAUGAACCUCCUAGGUUCUUCCCCACACAGAUCCCUUCACUCUCUCUCCCAAAAAUAUGGUGAUUUAAUGCUCAUAAAGCUAGGAACAUCUAUAGUUUUAGUAGCAUCCUCACCUGAGAUGGCCGAGCAGUUUUUGAAGGUGCAUGAUGCAAACUUCGCCACAAGGCCUGCGCUUGCUGCAGGCAAAUACACGGCCUACAAUUACUCGGACAUGACAUGGGCACCCUACGGCCCAUACUGGAGACAAGCACGUAAAAUCUUCUCGGAGGUGUUGAAUACAAAGAGCCUUGAAUUCUUUAAGCCAAUUCGAGUUGAGGAAGGGCGUAGCUUCCUCUCCCGUCUGCAUGCCCUCUCAGGCAAGCCAGUUGUACUGAGAGAGCAUUUGUCACACUAUACAUUGUCCAACAUUAGUAGAAUGGUGUUGAGAAACAAGUGUUUUAGUGAAGACAAAGAAGAAGAUGGCCGUCAUAACUCCAUAUUCAAGCUCGAUGAAUUGCAAGCUAUGUUGGAUGAGGGGUUUUUGCUCAAUGGAGUGAUCAAUAUUGGAGAUUGGAUACCUUGGCUUAGUUUCCUCGAUUUGCAAGGAUAUGUUAAGAGGAUGAAGGAAUUGUACAAGAAACUUGAUAUAUUUAAUGAGUUUGUGAUUAAAGAUCAUGAAGCCAGAAGAGCAGCAGAAAAGGACUUCUUCACCUUCAAAGAUGUGUUAGAUAUGUUGUUGGAGAUGGCCGAGAACCCUAAUCUUGAGGUUAAAAUGACAAGAGAUUGUAUCAAAGGAUUAUUACAGGACUUGCUAUCCGGUGGUACGGACACGUCUGCUGCAUCAAUCGAAUGGGCUAUACACGAAGUACUUAGGCACCCUCGAGUAGCUGAAAAGGCAAAAAAAGAGCUGGACAUGGUAAUAGGAAUGAACAGAUGGGUAGAAGAGAGUGACUACUUGCAAUUGCCAUACAUAAAUGCCAUAAUCAUGGAGACAUGGAGAUUGCACCCGCUAUCUCCGUUGCUACCACCCCAUUGUGCGAUUGAGGACUGCAAAGUUGCAGGAUACGACGUACCAAAGGGGACACCUGUGAUCAUCAACACAUGGAGCAUUGGGCGGGAUCCCAACUUAUGGGAUAAUCCCGAAGAAUUCUUGCCAGAGAGGUUUCUCGGGAAAGAUAUUGAUAUGACAGGUAGUGAUUUCUCCCUCUUGCCAUUCAGCUCCGGGAGAAGAAGGUGUCCGGGAUACAAGCUUGGCCUUAAACUUGUUCGAACAACACUGGCUAAUUUGUUGCAUGGUUUCGAUAUGAGGUUGGUUGAGGGUAUGAGGCCUCAAGAUAUAUGUGUGGAGGAACUAUAUGGGCUCACCGUACAUCCUAAAGAGUCUCUUGAGAUCAUCAUGGAACCUAAACUCGCACCCCACCUUUAUUAAGUUCUUAUGGUUGAUGAAUGAAUGUACAACGUUGGGUACUAGCUAUAUUGGCUAAUGUUUAUUCUCAUUACACAUUUUCUUUGAACAAUGUAUUUGGAGAGUUGAAAAAUGUACUAAUAUAGCGUUAGAAAUAUAUAUUUAAAAUUAUAU